AUGAUUAACUUAAACCCAGCACCCCAUCCCGUUGAGUGCUCUACCUGCUUCGAAGCCGGUCGCAAGUGCACUUGGAUUGUAUUUGAAUCUUUGAUCCGCCCGCUUCACGACGCUUGUGACCAGUGCGCUCGACGCCAGGUCUGUUGCGACUGGCCUACUCCGCCACCAACCGACGCCAACGGCGACAUUCUCGUUAAUGUCGUCGAAGGUAACCCUUACAUACCGGGUCGCCCAAACGAAACCGACAAGGCUCGUCGCAUUCGAGUUGGUUCUUGGGACUCCAAGCCUGACAAGCCUCGUAACGUCAAGUUACAAGAGAAGUGGCGCCAGGACUUGUUCAUCUGGAACAACCGAGGCAACACACCCAUCCAGCCCAAUGUUCCGCCUCCCAAACCCACCUCACCUCCUUCAUCCAAGCCUCCUAAGACCCCCAACAACCCGCCACGCGCCACCCGCGAAGCCUCUGUCCCCGCCAUCGAGAUCUUAGACACCCCAACUCCAGUCAAUCCCCCUGACCAACCAGUUCCUAACCAACCCACUAAGCCUGCUACUAUUGUUAUAGCAGCUUUUGUUAAAAGAUUUGGUAAAGACUCUGAUACUAUUUGGUUUGUUGAAAAGGUGGAUGAGGUUGAAGAAUUAAGAAGAGUUGGUACUGCUAAACCCAAAGUUCCUAAUUUUGAAUCUACUAUCUGUCUCACUAAAUCAAUGAUGGAUGCUUUGUAUGCUCAUUGGGCUGAACAUGACCCUUACUCUGAUGCUGAAAGUUCUGCUUGUGUAAAUGUUGUUAGAAAUUUUAAAAGACUUGUAGCCAAACAUUUCCUUCCUUCUUCUACUACUACUCCUUCUAACUCUUCCGACAAAGGCAAAAAACAUGCCUUCAACCAAGAUUAA